UGUGAAUGCAAGAAGAUCGAUCAGCUGACCAAAUAUAUAAGCAUGCUAAUGUAGGCCUACUCAAUGGCAGCGUGAGCCCGAAGCUUGGACCUGCCUUCAAAUCGCUGAUCGAGGUAUAAUGCAAGUCGGAUUUGCAAGAGGACCAUUGCACUGAAGUGUUUCAGGAUUCAGCUGACGAAUAAACGGGUUCGAUUUCACCAUGGCUGAGAGAAGCAUUCCUAAGCUGGCCGCCAUGGGUACGACCGCUGGUGUCUUGACCAUCACUGUAAUCUUCAACAUCCUGGCGAUGGGAAAUCCAAAAACAGCUCUCUUCACCAACACGACUGGGUCAGUUUAUGACUACUACACCCUGGAGAUUGUCCCUGCAAGUUGGACAUUGAUUACACUAUGGGCGAUCAUCUACAUUUGGCAAGUCUUGUGGAUAGGAUACGCACUCAGCACCAUCUGCCGGAAGUCAGCGUCUGGUCCCCUCUACCUGCAUCCGGCACAGAUGUCCGUAUGGUUCUAUGCCUUCUUCAUCGCGAACAACAUCAGCAACAUUAUCUGGCAGAUUGUGUGGGAUAGGUUCCUACUGGUCCCAUCUCUCGUGUUCCUGGCCCUGGUGCCGCUAACGCUGAAUGGGUGCCUGGUGACCGUGUCCAAACCUCUGUCAAAUCACCAAGAGUCACUCAUAAAGGAAGGUUUAACCCGUGAAGUCUGGAUGAUCCAUCUCUUUGUUGAGAAUGGUAUCCUGGUCUACAUCGCCUGGACCGAGAUUGCCACCCUGAUCAACGCUGCCAUGGUGAUGCAUUACCUCAUGGGCGUCGCCGAGGAGUUGGCGUGCACCAUCGUACUGGUGAUCUUCACUGUUAUAUUCAUCACGUGGUUUAUUCUGGACAUCUUUGUUUUUGAAGAGAUGUACCGGUACAUGUUCGUCUACUACCCUGGGGUCGUGGUCGCUCUCUCCGGCAUUGUCAACAAGAACUGGGAUCCAACCAAACGGAACCAAAUAUUCACUGUGGUUCUGCUGGCGGUGGCGUGCUUAGCAACUGUAGUAAAACUUGUGUUGAUGGUGUACCGACACAAGACGCGGCCGAUGGUGGCACAUAAAGAUGAACACUCAUUAAUUGGAGUUACAGCUGUAUCGUCGACAGGCAGUAAACAAUACACGGAGUAGAAUCUCUCCCUCAA